GAGUACGGAAGCACCCACCCAGCCGAGACAUGCAGUUCGAAUGAGACAUCCAUGCAACACACGAGUGUCCUGGUCAGUCAGGUGGGGCCCUUCAAGCUUGGAUCAGCUCCUUGCUUUUCACUUUGACCAUAGCAUACAAGUCAGACCUGACAAAGGGACGGACACGUCUCCAGUGCACCGAGCCUAUCUCAUCGCCCACUAAUGCAUGUACCUACCUGGUGAAGAAGCGUCCUGCGAACUCGAGGAGAUUGUCAGGUUUGUACUCGAGUGUCUGCUGCACGAAGGUGCCGAUCAGAUGCUUCAGCUCGGGGUGGGCGCGGAGGUACCGCUCGUUCUGCAUGUGCAUGCGGACCUAUACCGUAUGUAUGGGAAGGAAUGAGCCACGCAGAAGACGGCCCGUAUGUGAUAAUCAUGCCCGUAUGUGACGACCUCGGCUUUGAACUUACUUUGUCCUUAUCGAGCUGCUCUUGUUGUGGCCUGGUCAGGGUGGUUGGUGCACCAGAAGGGGACACACCCUGCGGCUCUGGCUGCUGGGAGUCCAUGAUGAG